CUGGCGGGGCUGCGCUGCGAGACCCUCUCGGUGCCGCGGCAGAUCACGGCUCUGCAGCUCUGGGAGGAGAUCGUCAGGCUGCACCCCAGCGAACGUUUUGUGUUUUGGCCAGUUGGAAGUGCUGUAGCUGUACACUUGGAAAGACUAGGUCCCAUAAACAUACCCAAAAGUUGAGCGCAAGGCGUGCCUUAAGACGCGUGGCCCGUUGUCCAGGAUGGCCACGGUAUGGUAACGCCGCUGCACAUCAAAACUGAGCUGGGUUAUUGACCUGCCGAGAAGGCUUGCUGUCAUCCGGGAUCAAGUGGUUUUUGCUGUUCGGCAGGAGUACGUGCUUCUUGGAGAUCAGCUCCUGGUCCUGCAGCCUGGAGACGAGGUUGCCAUUAUCCCACCAAUUAGUGGAGGCUGAAUCUGCUGAGAUUCUGUUGGACUUUCCUACCAGGAAGGAACCUGUAUGCAUUAAAAAACAGGUCAUUGCUUGAUAUUUGCAGUUAAUAUUCUCUCAGCAAGUCUGCUGAGAAGUCAGCAUGCCAUGGAGACUGGUCUCUUGGGCUUUUGUAGCGAGCUAUGGAUGAAAGUGAAGAUGUGCCAAAAGAUUUUAUCAAGCUCAAAUCUGAAAAGCUCUCUGUAGAUGAAGUGUCAGAGCUGGUUAUUUCACCGUACUGUGGGGCAGUGUCUCUGUUCAUUGGUACUACAAGAAAUAAUUUUGAAGGAAAAAAAGUGAUUCACUUAGAAUAUGAAGCAUAUACUUCAAUGGCAGAGACCGAAAUAAAGAAAAUCUGCAGAGAUGUUAGACAGAAAUGGCCAUCGGUCAAACAUAUUGCAGUGCACCAUAGACUUGGUGUGGUUCCAAUAACUGAAGCAAGUGUAAUUAUUGCAGUCUCCUCUCCACACAGAACAGAAUCCCUUGAAGCUGUAAUGUACUGCAUCAAUACCUUAAAAGCAUCCGUCCCAAUAUGGAAAAAGGAGAUUUAUGAGGACGAAUAUUCUUGGAAAGAAAACAAGGAAUGCUUUUGGGCAAAUUCAGAAAAAUAACUGUAUUCUCUUAAAAAUAAAAUGUUACUGUUCCUAAUGAGCAUACUUGUUUAGCUUUGAGUUGUUUUUACAGAGAAUCUAUAUGUUUUUAAGUGGCUGUAAUAGACAUUUCAAUUUGAAUAAUUUAGUUAGGACUGAAUGAAAUGAGUAAGAAUUAGGGUUUUUAAGUGUUCUUGACUCUCCUUUGAAGUCAUCUCUUUGUGCAUUUUAACACGGAGUCAGUUUUUAAAACAAUCUUCCCUAAAAUUUUUGGUUGCAAGGUGUUUAGUCCACUGUGAUGUAUACUAUUUUAAUGCCUUUACAGUGGUAGUCUGUGUUCACUGUCUGCAUGGGAGGUCACAACAGGCGAAUUGGAUUUUUCUUAAUCUUAAAGUCCUGAGUAGUUUAAUUUAAUAUGACUGUAGAAUCAAUUCACAAGCUUUAUGCUAUUCUGACAUUCUUGUAACAUGAAAGCUACUUGAAGUAGAUUAAACAUUUUGGUACAGACAGAGAAGAAAAUACAAACUGUACCCCAGAGUUACUAACUUUUUAGUACUGGUUACGUUCCAGUAGCUCUGUCUCACAGAGACAUUUUUACUGUGCAGCUGAUAUUACAAGUCCAUUGCAUUAAAAAAAAAUGGACAGACCUUGAUUCAAAAUUAGAUCUAAUACUCCACCAGCAACAAACUUGCAUUAGCAAUAACACACAAACCUGUAACUAGUUAAUGAUGUCUAGACAUGAUUAAUUUUGAAGAAGCUUUUUUGGCUGUGUACUUGUAUGGUGCUGCAGAAAUAAAAAAGCUAGCUAUUAUUACAAAUAGACAACUAUAAGUUUAAUUAGUUUUAGUAGUUUGACUUUAGAGAUGUUAGGAUUCAAAGUCCUAGAAAGAGAUUAGUUUUUCAAAGGAAAGUGAGUCUGUUGAACUUUUUGCAGUUUGUAUAUGCAUUUAUAUUCACAUUUAUGUUUUUAAUACAGUUUUUCUCUUGUUACUGUUUUGAAACCUAGUUAAAAGAGAGAAGGACUGACAUAGUAUGCCUAUGCUCCCACUGGAAACAAUGGGCUGCUCAUCUGAGUAAAACCAUUUUAUUUAUAUUACUGUACUGUGCCAUGAUAGUGUUUAGAUGCUAAGAGUUCAAAGUCCCAUUGUGUAUGGCAUUUUUACUAAUGCUGAGAGGCAGUUUUAUCUAGUCAUCAUUAUCAAUGUAGACAAGAUAGAUAUAAAGCAAGGAAAAUGAGGUAAAGAAAAGUAAAAUUAUUUGCUCAAGUUUCUAUAUCGUCACAUCACAGAACACUAAAGCCUCAGCUGUAUAAUCCAUUUCAUUGUGUCUGCAGUAAAAAUCUACAAACAGCUGCUAGCUGCACAGAAUAAAAUGAGAAAAAUAGGGGAUGAUCUUUUUUCUCCCAGUGAUCUCAAUCAGUUUUAAUAUUUAGUGAUGGUUACUGUAUCUGGAUUAAGUAAAUCCCAAUGAAACAUAGAACUUCAGGCAGAAGCAUGGUUAAACUGUGUGUGUUAACUUACUGAUGCACUUCCCUCAAGGUAAGUGAGUGAGUCCUUCCUCUGCAGGACAGCAGCUGCUCCUUGUGUGCUUACACAUACGCAGCCUCCAAACCACGUGGGCCCUAUUACCUAGGCAGGGCUGAGCAAGUUCAAGGUUGAAUUUUCCUUUGCUUUGGAGGUUGGAGAGGAGCCCUCUGCCAUUUGAAUGUCAUUUUUACCAGGAGUUGUACAGAAUCCUGAGUACAGAUCACUUCCUCUGUCAAAUAAUUCUUUUUGUUUUUAGAGAAGAAAGCAAUACAUAAACUUUCCCAUUUUUGGUGUUCAUUUUUCCACGUUCAUGUUUGCUGUUACCAUGCAACUAAUUAGUAGAUUAACUUCACAAAAAUAAAUGUCUAGCUUGCCUUGUAGUGGGUAGUUUAUGAAUGAACUAAAACCUAUGCAGUGCUUGCAUACUGGUGCUGUGCUCUCAUACAGAAAAAUAGUGGUAUUUAGAACACUUAAAUUGUACUUGGGGCCCUAUGAUCAGGAGCAAUUCCUGUGUUGCACUAGUGUCUCUCUAGUGCUGCAGUCUCCUGGAAGAUUUCUCCAGGGUGACCUUAAGUGCACCUUCCCCAUCAGCAAUGCAGCUGGGAAGGAGAGUGCAGAAAAGAGAAAGAGUAAUUGUGUACUUCCCCACAGUGACCAGGAACAAUGAAUGGAAGAGAUGUUGUACUGAGUCACAGCUGAGUGUUACAAUGUGUGUACGCUGCCAUGGUCAAAACAAUGAAAUGUCAUUUUGUGUCCCUAGCUGUGCAUGAGGCAAGUACUGCUUUGUUCUGGAACAAUGAUGUAUUGGUCUUGUGUAACUUUGGGUUCUUCAGCUGGCAUCUAAAAGCGAGAUGGAAAUGCCCCUAGGAGGGAUGAUGUGCAUAAUUAGAGGUAAAAUGUAUCUCACUGAAAUUUUAAGUCCACACUCCGAGCUCAGUGUUCCGGCUCCCUCUGUAGGGCUACCCUCUCUGCUAGGGCAAUAUUAUCGUAAGAGGGCAGAUUACUCUGUUCUAAGAUAGCUGCCUAAGGCUAUGUCUGGAGCGACCCAGAAAUGCUUCCAAAUUUCCAGGCCAGGGGAUGAAUCCCAGCUGUGCCUGGCUGCAUGUCAGGGAAAGAUGUGGCUGCUCAUGUCCUGGUUUCUACACAUGCGGGACUAGGCUGCUGUAUGAGGGCUGCCUUGUGUUCUGGUGAGGUCCACAAGUAGGAUGAUAGGCAGCUACAGAUCAAUAUACAAUGCAGUCCUAGCUUUCUCGGACGAGUCCAGCUGUUUUCUUGCCUUGGCUUAUAGGGGAGGCUGAUGCCACCCCUCUGUGGCUCUUCAGCUGUGUCACAGCAUCCUGCAGAGGUGGUGGCUCCAGGUGCAGACAGAUGUUCCCAGGAACAGAUGCUGCAGACUGGAGAGUCAUCAGGUGAUUCCUGCAGAGAUCUGCCAGAUGUGGGGUAUUUGUGGAAGGGAAGCAUGUCUUCAGAGUGAAAAUUUGUCCUUCUGAAAAGAUGUCUUGGUUGGUAACAUUUGAAUACACUGAUCUAUCCCUUUGUCUGGCAGAACGUCCAUAUACCAGCAUUGCUUAAUUUUAAGAGUUUCCUUUCCUGAUUUUGAUCUUUCAUUCUCUGUUCUCAAGAGAAGCUCAGCCUGAUGUGUACUACAAAAACAGCAGCUGAUGGACUGGCAUGAAAUAAACGGGGGGGACGACGAGGGGGGACAGACUGUGUUAUAAGGAGCCUACCCAGGAGAUGGCAGCCGAGAGAUGACUGCUCGGGAAGAGCAGCUCCCAGCCUGCCCAGGUGCAAACUGUGCUGGGAAAUACUGGUGCUCGCUUCACCUGUCACUCAUGAAAGUGACACAGUCACACUCAGGAAUGAACCCUUUAGAUUGUUCAACUUUAAGCUAGAUUUUGGCUUUUCUCUCAGCUCACUUUUCCCAUAGCUGUUCAAGGAAUUUGUAGUUUUAUAGACUAACACAUUCAUUUGCUCCAUCAAAAACAUUAAAAGGAAAAAACUGCUAGAACUGAUCAUUAACAAAGUGAAAUUGCCUGUGAAAGCCAACAGUGCUACCCCUUGCCCCCCAAAAAGCUUUGAAAACUCAAUCUUGAGCUCUUCCAGUAAAUGUCCUGUGGAGGUACUUGAAGAGAGAGAGUUAAGAAUAGGCCAAUGACUGUAAAUCGGCAGUUUCUUUGAGUACCCUAGGCCUUUUUUUUAAAAGCAAACCAACCAUAAAAUUUUAUCUUGUCAGGUGUUAACAAAAAUUAGCAUCCUGAUGUAUCUUUAUAGCAGUUCUGUUUUAAAAGUUCCAUUUUGACUAUUUUAAGAGAAAGAGGCAAAUAUAUACAUUUUAAAAACUGCUAGCACACCAAAGCCUGUGACUGCAUAUGGGUAAUUGAUCAUAAAUGAGGGCAGAAAGAUUGUCUUAUUAAAAGAUAAGACUCAACUUUCCUGAGGCUGUGAAAAUUAUGUACACUUUAUUACCUUUAAAGGCAAUAAAAAGUUGAGGCAAUUAGCUAUAGAUUUUGAGAUGUAUUUUCAUACCUUCAUUUUCUUUAGUCUUUAAUUUGCAAGCUUUGUUGUACCUCAGUUUUGGAUAUAAAGAGUAAUACAAGUCAGUAUAUAAGGAAUCUGGCUUUCAGUUCUGCAGAACACUGAGACUUGGUGAAAGAUGGGGAGUUUUGUGCCUUAAGAUUAGGAUCAUGUGGUUCUGUAUUAUGGAAGUGUUAAAGUUGGUAGCUUGAAUGUUUAUGUGGAAAAAGAAAAAAGGAAGCUCUGUGGAAGUAGCUACUUUUCAGGUGGUAGUUACUGCAAUGACUGUCUUCCUAUUGACUUCCUAUUCACAGCCAAGUUUCUCCUCUUCUUCCUUUCCCACUGUGCUCCUGCGGAAAUGUUGCAUUUGGCUUUUCCAGUGUAUGGUGCGGAGCAGCUAUAGCUGGUGGCAGGACAUGCUACUGCUGACCAAUUCUGUACAUAAUAUAAAGUGCAGGGCAUGAGACUGGCGGAAUAUGGUGUAAUUUUAGAUGCCAGUGAUAACCCCAUGCUUAUAGGAAGGCUUGACCAUCAUAAGGUUUUAAC